AUGAAUACUCAGAAUUUCAAAAACUUUAUCCGUCAUGGUAAACAAGCUCAUGACUUAUCAAAUGAUGUACCUUUUGAAAAUGUGGAUUAUUAUAUUGAUUCAAAAAAUUUAGAUCAAAUUCAAACAAAUUCGAUAAGUGAUGAUAGUACUGAAUUAAUUAAUGGUUUAAAUGAACAACAAUAUCAACAAGUUCAACAACAAGCUUAUGAACAAGCCCAAGCCCAGGCUCAGGCUCAGGCUCAACAACAGCAAGCUUAUGAAAGAAAGAGAAACUACUACAACUACAACGAAUUAGCAAAUGAAUUAGUUAAAGAAGAAAUUAAAUUAAAACAACAACAAGAAAUUCAACAAAAUCAAAAUCCUUAUCCAGGUUUACAAAAUUAUAAAAUUUUUGAAAAAUUAGGUGAAGGUGCCUUUUCCAUUGUCCUUAAAGCUCAACAUUUAAUAACCAAAGAAUUUGUUGCUAUAAAAAUUAUCAAGAAACAACAAUUAGAUAAUAAUCAAAAAAAAUCAGUCCUCAAGGAAGCAACAAUAAUGAGACAAUUAAAACAUGAUAAUAUAGUAGAAUUUAAAGAAUUUAAAGAAGUUGAUGAUUAUUAUUAUAUUAUACAAGAAUUAGUUCCCGGUGGUGAAAUUUUUAAUGAAAUUGUAAAAUUUACUUAUUUUUCUGAAGAUUUAACAAGACAUGUUAUAAAACAAGUUGGUCAAUCUAUUCGUUAUUUACAUGAAGAAAUUGGUGUUGUUCAUAGAGAUAUUAAACCUGAAAAUUUAUUAUUUCAACCAAUCCCCCUAAUCCCUUCCAAAACUAGAAAAUUAAGAAAAUCAGAUGAUCCAAACAAGGUUGAUGAAGGUGAAUUCUUGAAAGGUGUUGGUGGUGGUGGUAUUGGUCUUGUUAAAUUAGCUGAUUUUGGAUUAUCAAAACAAAUUUGGUAUGAUGAUACCAAAACUCCAUGUGGUACUGUUGGUUAUACUGCUCCUGAAAUUGUUAAAGAUGAACAUUAUUCAAAAGAAGUUGAUAUGUGGGCAUUAGGUUGUGUUUUGUAUACCUUGUUGUGUGGAUUUCCACCAUUUUAUGAUGAAAAAAUUGAUGUAUUGACUGAAAAAGUUGCUAGAGGUGAAUAUAAAUUCCUGAAACCUUGGUGGGAUGAAAUCUCACCGGGUGCAAAGAAAUGUGUUGAGAAUUUAUUAACUGUUGAUCCAACAAAAAGAUAUACUAUAGAUGAAUUCUUGAAUGAUCCAUGGUUGAAUAAAUUUGAAUUUCAAAAACCAAAACCAACAAAGAUUACUCAAUUACAAAGAUCUUUUAGUCAUUUAUCAAAUGAACAAGUUUAUUCUCCUGCUGCUAGAGCUAUGAAGGAUGCUUUUGAUAUUUCAAAUGCUGUUCAUAGAAUUGGUGAAGAAAAAUUAUUAAACAACAAGAAGUUUAAAAAAAAUAAAUUAAAUACUAAUGAAAUUAUCGAGGAGGAAGAAUCAAAUAUUAAUCAAACACAAUUUAAUCCUGAAUUAGAAACAAGAAGUGGUAGAGUAUUGAAAACUGAACCUAAAGUUUCUAAAGUUUCUUUACAACAUGAAACAUUAAAUUCAAAUCCUUUUGAAUUAAAAUUAGAUACUUCAACUAUAAUUAAUAGAAGAAAAAAUAAAUUAACAAGUUAG